AUGAUAAAAAGAAGGAUAAAAUACACAGAAAUAGAAGUCUCAGAUUUAAGUGAUUCCGAUAGUUGUGGGUCUGAUGAUGAGGCAAUUUUGGACAAAUACUGUCCAAUUGCAAGUAAAAACAAACCAGUUUAUGUUCAAUAUGUAGAUAUAUUGAGUUAUAGUACAUUGUUAUUUUUCGCUUCUAUAUUAUUAUAUGUAAGUUUGAAUUCUUUCUAA